AUUUUGAUAUUUUUGAAACUGCCUGGGAGUUUCAUGUUAAUGGUUCUCGAGAUCUCUUCUUUUGUCUGGGAUGGGGCAUCGCGGCCUCGAUGAUUUAUCAGCUCUUGGGAGAAUUCCAAGGAGCGUAUUUCGAAGGGAGGGGAGCGCAGCGCUUCGAGGCGGACGAAAUCGCUGCUGUUAGGUGCAACCUUUCGGAAGGUGUUUUGGGGGCCCCAGGAAUUUUGUGGGUGGCGAGGGGGCCGUCUCCGAUGCCGUUAUUGCGGCGGGGGCAGGACGGUGACCGGCACCGCGGGAAUCGGCCAUGUGGCUGAGCCGCGGGUACAAAAUGCCGGCAUCGGACAUGGCGGCGGCGCCUUUGUUACCCCGCCCGGCGGAGGAGCUCAAAAUGGCAGCGUCGAGAAAAUGUGGCGCAGAGAGAAAUGCGAGACAAAGGGGGAAGCGCCGCCCCAGCGGGAACGCCGCCCGGCCGACUCCGCCCGGCAGGGACUCCUCCCCCGGUAGUCUCCAACGCCUCCUUUUCUUUUUCCUUACGUUUAUAUAAUUUUGCUACCUUGAUCGCGGUCCUUUCUGGGGCAUCUCUCCAAGUCAUUCGGCUUGCGUUUGGUGCGCCUCGAUUUGGAGGAAGUAGGGCAGGGCCCUUAUCUGGAAAGAAGUUUGGAAACCCUGGGGAGAAACUGGUUAAAAAGAAGUGGAAUCUUGAUGAGCUGCCCAAAUUUGAGAAGAAUUUUUAUCAAGAACACCCUGAUUUGGCUAGGCGAACAGCACAAGAGGUAGAGACAUACAGAAGAAGCAAGGAAAUUACAGUUAGAGGUCACAACUGCCCAAAGCCAGUUCUGAAUUUUUAUGAAGCAAACUUUCCUGCAAACGUAAUGGAUGUGAUUGCGAGGCAGAACUUUACUGAACCCACUGCUAUUCAAGCUCAGGGAUGGCCUGUUGCUCUAAGUGGAUUGGAUAUGGUUGGGGUAGCACAAACUGGAUCUGGGAAAACAUUAUCUUAUUUGCUCCCUGCUAUUGUCCACAUCAAUCAUCAGCCAUUCCUAGAGAGAGGUGAUGGACCUAUUUGCUUGGUGCUGGCACCAACUCGAGAACUGGCCCAACAGGUACAGCAAGUAGCUGCUGAAUACUGUAGAGCGUGUCGCUUGAAGUCCACCUGCAUCUACGGUGGUGCUCCUAAGGGACCACAGAUACGUGAUUUGGAGAGAGGUGUGGAAAUCUGUAUCGCGACACCUGGAAGACUGAUUGACUUUUUAGAAUGUGGGAAAACCAAUCUAAGACGGACCACCUACCUUGUCCUUGAUGAAGCAGAUAGAAUGCUGGAUAUGGGAUUCGAACCCCAAAUAAGGAAAAUUGUGGAUCAGAUAAGACCUGAUAGGCAAACCCUCAUGUGGAGUGCUACUUGGCCAAAAGAAGUAAGACAGCUCGCUGAAGAUUUCCUGAAAGACUAUAUUCAUAUAAACAUUGGUGCACUAGAACUGAGUGCAAAUCACAACAUUCUUCAGAUUGUGGAUGUGUGUCAUGAUGUGGAAAAGGAUGAAAAACUUAUUCGCCUAAUGGAAGAGAUCAUGAGUGAGAAGGAAAAUAAAACCAUUGUUUUUGUUGAAACCAAAAGAAGAUGUGAUGAACUUACUAGGAAAAUGAGGAGAGAUGGGUGGCCUGCCAUGGGUAUCCAUGGUGACAAAAGUCAACAGGAACGUGACUGGGUUCUAAAUGAAUUCAAACAUGGAAAAGCUCCUAUUCUGAUUGCUACAGAUGUGGCCUCCAGAGGGCUAGAUGUGGAAGAUGUGAAAUUUGUCAUCAAUUAUGACUACCCUAACUCCUCAGAGGAUUAUAUUCAUCGAAUUGGAAGAACUGCCCGCAGUACCAAAACAGGCACAGCAUACACUUUCUUUACACCUAAUAACAUAAAGCAAGUGAGCGACCUUAUCUCUGUGCUUCGUGAAGCUAAUCAGGCAAUUAAUCCCAAGUUGCUUCAGUUGGUCGAAGACAGAGGUUCAGGUCGUUCCAGGGGUAGAGGAGGCCUGAAGGAUGACCGUCGGGACAGAUACUCUGCGGGCAAAAGGGGUGGAUUUAAUACAUUUAGAGACAGGGAAAAUUAUGACCGAGGUUACUCUAGUUUGCUUAAGAGAGAUUUUGGAGCAAAAACUCAGAAUGGUGUUUACAGUGCUGCAAAUUACACCAAUGGGAGCUUUGGAAGUAAUUUUGUGUCUGCUGGUAUACAGACCAGUUUUAGGACUGGUAAUCCAACAGGGACUUACCAGAAUGGUUAUGAUAGCACUCAGCAAUAUGGAAGUAAUGUUCCAAAUAUGCACAAUGGUAUGAACCAACAGGCAUAUGCAUAUCCUGCUACUGCAGCUGCACCUAUGAUUGGUUAUCCGAUGCCAACAGGAUAUUCUCAAUAAGACUUUAGAAGUAUAUGUAAAUGUCUGUUUUUCAUAAUUGCUCUUUAUAUUGUGUGUUAUCAGACAAGAUAGUUAUUUAAGAAACAUGGGAAAUGCAGAAAUGACUGCAGUGCAGCAGUAAUUAUGGUGCACUUUUUCGCUAUUUAAGUUGGAUAUUUCUCUACAUUCCUGAAACAAUUUUUAGGUUUUUUUUGUACUAGAAAAUGCAGGCAGUGUUUUCACAAAAGUAAAUGUACAGUGAUUUGAAAUACAAUAAAUGAAGGCAAUGCAUGGCCUUCCAAUAAAAAAUAUUUGAAGACUGAAAUAAGUGGAAAUGGUACUUUAUUUUACAUAUAUAAUGUCAUGUAAAACUUGGCUUAGAAGGUGUGUUUUGUUUUUUUUUUUUUUAAUCGUAAGAACUAAAUUUACUGCUCCUUUCCAUGAUGUAGUUUUGGGGAGUGGGGAGAUCAGAAGGCCUUUCUUACAGUUAUCUAUUCCUAUAGCAAAAGAUUAAAAUUAGAUUGAUUUAGGUUAACAAUUCUAGACUAAAUUGUAAAGGCUUUGCCAGUACCCUCCAACAUCAGGUGAGUCAUUUAAUAAUGGUUUAUUUGUUGGCAGAAUGGUAAAAUGAGGUACUGCAACAUAGGAAAUAAUGUAACUAUAUAGCCCUACCCUCUGGCAGUUUAGUGUGAGAAUGUGGAUGAUUUUGUUCAUACUGCAAAAUUUAUAAUUCAAAAAUCUCCAAAUACCUUUUUUUUUAAGAGACUAUAUAUUUGUGCUGAUAGCUAUAUUAGAAAUAACAAAUACUGAACAAAGCUGAAAGGCUAUACCUUUUAGGGUGGUUGGCCAAAAAGUAAGUUUGAAUUUGUUUGUUUUCAGUAGUCUUGGUGCUGACUGCUGUCAGGUAGUAAUAGAGAUGCUAGUCUUCACAGGUUUCCUGGGACUCCUAACUGAGUAGUGAAUGUCCAGUAAUUCAGGGAACUUUAGAGGACUUCAAACUGUAAGGUCUGUUCAUGUUUAAAUAAACAUACACCAAAAAAUCCUCAAGAUUUAAUUAAUGGUUAACCUAGAGGAAGCCACAUAACCAAAAAGCACAGUGACUGUAAUCCAGGUCCUUUCGUGAGGGUCAUCAUGGGUUUAUUGCUAGAAAGAUUCAGCAGGUAGUUUUAGAUUUAACUUUGGCUCACCAACCUUUCUAACACUUAAUUUCAGUGAUGGCUAGAAGUAGGCCUGAAUGUCUUCCCAGAGAGUCUGGCACUUAGGUUUUUUUGCAAGGAGAGGAGAGGUCUUCCUUGAGAUUUCAUUUAAAUCCUGAUGAUUAAAGUGAGACUUUAAUUGGUGUUAAUGCCUUAUCUCUAAAGUGUAAAAUGGGAAUUUUCCUGGGGCAGGGUAAGGAGUGGCAUUUUUAGGACUAAUACAUUGAAAACUGAUUCAGCCUCUAGUAAUUGAACAGUUUUCAAUAGCAUGAUUAGUCAAAUUCAUUAUGACUUUUAACUUAUAAGAAGCUUUUGGGAUAGGUUGGAGUAUUUAUUACAUAUUUUACUGUUUAAUGUCUAACGUGGGCCUUUUAAUUUGUAAACAUUUACUGAAAUGACUGUGGGACUGUGGAAAACAUUUACCUAUUUACCUUUGAAGUUUUAAAAGACAGUCCACUUUUUAGCAUGUGUGUUGUGUCCAGCCUGUGGUUGUCUUAACCUAAUAAAUGUGAUUUUUCUCCC